AUUACUAUAGUUGCGGCAAUCGCCGUGCUUAGCGUGAAUUGGAUGUGGAUGAUGUCUACACGUCUCCUUGAGCUCCCAUUCACUCACUCACUCGCGACACAAUAGCCACACGCAACAAUGUCGUGGACUACCUACCUCCUCCUCCCGCUGCUCCUGCCGCUGCUAUGUUUCUACCUCCUCCCAGCAACCCCCACAACCCCAGCAAUGAGCAACAAGACAAUAACCCUCCUAAUCGCGCACCCUGACGACGAAGCGAUGUUCUUCUCACCCACACUCCUCUGCCUCGCGCCGUCGAACCGGAUCCAAGUCCUCUGUCUUAGCACGGGGGACGCGGCGGGACUCGGCGCCGUGCGGCGCACAGAGCUGAUCGCCUCAGCCAUGACCCUAGGCGUCCGCGACAGCGCCGACGUCGUGGUGAUCGACGACCCGCGAAUGCCCGACAGCAUGGGCACGCCGUGGGCUCCGGAGGUGGUGGCGGAGUACCUAGCGCGCUACGCGGGCGACGCGGACGUGGUCCUGACGUUCGAUGAGCGCGGCGUGUCUGGGCAUGUCAAUCACGUCUCGCUGCUGCACGGGGCGCGCGAGUUUGUGCGCGGAAAGGGGGUGAAGCUGUGGACGCUGACUACCGUGGGGGUGCUGAGGAAGUAUUCGUCCGUGCUCGAUGUGCGCGCUACGAGGGCGGCUGGCGGGUUGGUGUUCGUGAGUAAUUGGGAGGGCGUUAGGACGGCGCAGAGGGCUAUGACGGAUUGUCAUGUCUCCCAGAUGAGGUGGUUUAGGUGGGGCUGGAUCGGGCUGAGCCGGUAUAUGGUGGUUAAUGAUGUGCGCGAGGAGACGGUCGUGUGAGAAUGCAUGUAGUAUACAGA